UGCCCAGGUGAGUGCUAACGAGUUCUAUGAGGAGUUCAAUGGGCGGCGCUUCAACUCGAUUGAGGAGGAUGUCUGCCAGCUUGUGCACCUCGAGCGUGCUGACGUCAUGCACAGUGACGAGGGUGCCAGCCUGCCCGUGAUGGGGCUCACAGAACUUCCGCCCUGCAUCGUCUGCCUGGAGCGCAUGGACGAGUCUGUGAAGGGCGUUCUGACCGUGCUCUGUAACCACGCCUUCCACACCCAGUGCCUGCAGCACUGGGAGGAUACCACGUGUCCCGUGUGCCGCUACUGCCAGACCCCAGAGCCCGUGGAGGAGAAUCGCUGCUUCGAGUGCGGAGUUCAAGAGAACCUGUGGAUCUGCCUGAUCUGCGGACACAUUGGCUGUGGCCGCUACGUCAGCCGCCACGCCUACACACACUUCCAGCUGACGAUGCACACGUACGCCAUGCAGCUCACCAAUCAGCGAGUGUGGGACUACGCUGGAGACAACUACGUCCACCGCCUGGUGGCCAGCAAGGCGGACGGCAAAGCUGUGCAGUUUGAGUGCGAGGGAGCUCCCUGCAUGGACGAGAAAAUUGACGCCUUGCAACUCGAGUACUCUUACCUACUGACGAGCCAGCUGGAGUCACAGCGGAUCUAUUGGGAGGGGAAGCUGACACGUCUAGAGAAAGACUUCUCAGAGGAGAUGGUGAACGUGAAGUCCAAGUUCAAGGAGACUCUUGAGCGCUGCGACUCGCUGGAGCAGAAGCUGAACACGCUGGCCAAGGAGAGGCAAAGUCUGGAGAGGAAGUGCACCACACUGACCCAGCGCCAGGCCCGCCUUGCCUCCGACCUGGACACGGAGCGACAGCUGAACCACUGCCUGCGCUGCAACCAGGCGAGCCUGCAGCAGGCCUCAGCCAGCGAGUGUGCACGUCAGCGGGCUCGUGCGGACGAUCUCAGCGAGCAGCUCAGGGACGUCACCUUCGCGCUGGAGGCCGGCCAGCUCAUCACCAGGCUCACGCCCCAGCAGCGUGCCGAGGUCAUGGAGGGGCGCAUCGACCUCCCGGCCGCCGGCACCGACGGCGGCGGAGGCGGUGGUGGAGGUGGAGGCGGUGGUGAAAUGACCCCGACUCAGCGCUGA